CGCGCUGCCUGCGGCGCGCAGCUCUCCUUGGAUUUGGAGGCUGGUCGUGUCACCCGACGACAGAGAGGGCACGGCCGCAGAGAUUAUGUGGUCAGAAUAAAUGAUCAUCUGUGGAUGUAACAUGUAGGUUUGACUUCUUUAUUUUAAAUUUAUUUAUUUAACUGAACGCGCCUCGAUGGAAAAACAAUUCGUUCGUCGAGAUGGUGAUUUCACUCAGAUUCUUCAACACCAAACGACACUUUUGUUGGAUUUACAAGGUGCGUUUGACCGCGAUACAUGAUGAGAGUCGGAGGUGAAUUUCAGGGGGCUCGUAGCAGAUUACAUCAGAUCUCUCUCAACAAGCAGCCAAUCACAGCAGGGAAGGGAGUCUGAGGUCUGCGCUCCGACAUGGAUUCAUACGGGUCUUCGCUCAAUCGCAGCCAGUCGCUGGCGAGCGGCAUGGAGAAGACAUCGCCAACGUGGAACAAGCCCUCUCACUCUCGGAGCAGUAGCACUCUGUCGUCUCGCCACUCCAGGCAGAUCAUCAAAGAUUGGGAAGUGAUUGACGAUCUUCAGGCAGAAAUGUACAUAGGAAGCGAUAAUCCUCAGGAUAUGACCACUCCAGGUAUCUGUGAAGGGUAUCUUCUCAAGAGGAGGAAGUGGCCACUUAAAGGUUGGCACAAGCGAUACUUUGUCUUGGAAGCAGGGAUCUUGCGGUACUGCAAAAGUCAACAAGACGUAUCAAGGGGAAGAGUCCAGGGCUCCUUAGAUGUUAGCCUUGCAGUUAUGUCGAUUAACAAGAAGUCAAAUCGGAUUGACUUGGAUGCAGGGGACAUUCUCUAUCACAUGAAGGCAAAGAGCCAUGAGCUUUUCUACAUUUGGGUAACCAAGCUACAAGCCCACCGCUUGUACAAGAAGAACGAGGCAGCACACGUUCACAGUGGCUUCCUCCAGACUUUCUCCCACGGCACAGCUCAGAGAAAUGGAGAUUUGAAUCCUGCAGGUGUGGCGGAUUCAGCGGGAGCGUCAGGAGUGCUGCCCUCAGCUAACACGGCUGCCAACAGUAAAGUGUCUGCCUGGCUGCAGCAGAGUCAGACUCCAGACACCUGUGUUCGAGAGUUGAACCGUUGCCAUUUGGAUCUUUCUGAGCUAAAUCGCUUAAUCCUGAGGCUGCAGGCGCUGGAGGCAGGCCAGACUUUCACUAACGGAGACCUGCAGCGCAUCAUCAGCAUACAGAAUCUCUCACUUGAGAAGCCGAAAAAGCAGAAGUCGGGGAAGAUGUGGGGUCAUUCUCGCACGCUGUCCAGAGUAGAGGCCUUGGGAAUGCUGUCCUCCAGCCACCUGAGCAGCUCGUCUCACCUCGGUGCAUCAGUCCCCUCCAUCCCCGACUACGUCUACUCUCAGCUGUCCCCUCCGGUCGCCACAUCACCCGAGGGCAAGAAAAUCCAGCAGGAUAUCUGCACCAUGUCGCUACGAGUGCUGGCAUCUCUGAAGUCGGUGCAUGAAACUCUGUCGCAGGAGAGGCAGAAGCUGCAGGAAGUCUGGGAAACUAACGUCCCCCAGUCAAACACGUUAACUGAGCCCGCAGCAGCGACACAUCCAUCCCACGGGCCUCCCUCGGUAACAGACUCGGCAGCGGAGUAUUUUGAUGCCAGCGAUGAUGUCCUUUGCGGUAGUUCAUCUGAGGUGUCUGACGAAUCUGGACUUAGUGAUGGAAGCACCACCAACUCGGAGCCAGAGGAAGGACAUGCAUCAGCCACCCGGAAGUACCAUGCUAGCAUUUCCAGGUCUCCUAACAGCGUUGUUCCCCAGAGCACCGGACGCCGAACCACACUGGCUGCUCACUGUCCAGACAACAGCCAUGUGGGCCUCAUGGCUAUCCUCUACAAUAACAUAGGUAAAGACUUGGCUCGAGUGUCCAUGCCCGCAGCUCUUAAUGAGCCCGUUAACCUGCUGCAGAGGCUGUGUGAGGAGCUGGAGUACAGUGAGCUACUGGAUACUGCCAACAACACAUCGGACCCCUACCAGAGAAUGGUUUACAUUGCUGCCUUUGCCAUCUCCGGUUACUCCACUGCGACGUUCAGAAACCGCUACAAGCCCUUUAACCCGGUGCUGGGGGAGACCUAUGAGUGCAUCAGAGAGGAUCGGGGCUUCCGCCUCAUCAGUGAGCAGGUCUGUCACCAUCCUCCGAUCUCCGCCUGUCAUGCAGACUCAGAUAACUUCUCCUUCUGGCAAGACCAGCGAUGGAAAAAUAAGUUCUGGGGGAAAUCGCUGGAGAUUCUGCCAACAGGGAUGGUGAAUGUGACUCUUCCGAGGUAUGGAGACCACUACGAGUGGAACAAAGUGGUGACCUGCAUCCAUAACGUCCUCAGUCAGCAGCGCUAUCUGGAGCAUUACGGAGAGGUCACCAUCCGCAACCUCAAAAGCAACAUCUGCACCUGCAAGAUCACCUUCGUCAAGUCUCGUUAUUGGGGUUCAGAAACAAACAAGAACGAGGUGCAGGGAACGGUGCUGGACCAAAGCGGGAGUGUCAUUCACCGGUUCGGAGGUCUGUGGCAUGAAGGCAUCUUCUGUGACACUCUGCCCACUCCGAAAUGCGUCUGGAAGCCAAAUCCCCAGCCGAAGGAUCACCUGCUGUACUACGGCUUCUCCACCUUCGCCAUGGAGCUGAAUGAACUCACCUCAGACCUGAGGCCUUUCCUGCCUCCUACAGACAGUCGCCUGCGCCCAGACCAGCGGAUGCUGGAGGAGGGGAACGUGGAAGGAGCAGACAAUAAAAAAGAUGAAUUAGAGGAAUUCCAGAGGGAGAGGAGAAAAGAGCUCGCCAAAAAGGGUGAAGAGCAUACUCCACGUUUUUUCAAGAAAGCCAAAGAUUCCUGUGGACGUGAUGUCUGGUUGACAAACGGGACAUACUGGAAGCUCAGAGAGAAUCCAGGUUUUGCAAAUACUGAAAACAUAAUUCUGUGGUGAGGACAACAGACAAAACUACGAGACAAAACCAUGAGAGAGAGAUGGAAAAAAAUAUCAGUUGUGGAUAUUUGGACAGCAUAUAUGAACCGCUCUGGGGAUCAUUAGCAGAGCGGAGAUCGUGCUGAUCUCUUCUCAUCCUUUCUGUACACCCAUGACUGGCUCAUGGGAACCCUCAUGACCCCUUAGUCCUACUAGAAAGUCACCAGUGAAGGUAUCCAGUAUGCAUUAUACUCAGGUGAAGAAAAACAGAACGACCACUCUUAUCAAGAGACAUUUUUUAAUGCAUUUUAUUAUUAUUUUUUUUAGAUGACUUUAAUGAACAUAUUUAAGUUUUCAUUUUUGAGAAUUUCACAGUUUUCUGAGACUCUACUUGUGACGCGCACUCGGCAGACAAGGACUUGAAAUGAACUGAUUACUUGAAAUGAAAACCCUUUUUAAGCUAUCAAAAUUGCAUUUGUCUGUCAGGUUAGAAAGAGGCCGACUGUAUUAGUGUAUUAAAUGUAAACUUUCAAUCGAAUAAUGUCUCCUCAUAACCAGCUUACUGCGUUUUAUAAUGAGUACAAAUAUUUAACUGUAUACAUGUACUGUAGUCAGGGCUGGAUUACCAAUCUAGCAAAGCGGCCAACUGCCCAAAGGCCCCUGACCUACGAAGGGGGCACAACUGCUCUGUGGUAAUUUGAUUUAUUGCAAAUUUGUUUAGGAAUAUUCAUAGCUAAAUUACCUUAAAGGAUAAUGCUGGUGUUUUUUAAAUUUUUUUUUCUUAUUGUCAACAA